GGCCACGCCGCUCCUUCUCGCCAGACGAAUAGCAGGAGCCGAAGAAGAGACCGAGGCGCUCGCUGUCGUCGGCAGCGCCACCUUCCCGGAUCCCUGCGCUAAACGUCACGCAGCCCCGACCCAGCGCCACUACCCCCGGAGCAGCCAUGAUGCAAGAAGGGCUGGACGAUGGUCCCGAUUUCCUCUCUGAGGAGGACAGAGGUCCAAGGGCAGUCAAUGUGGAUCUACAGACCGAUGCUACGUUGCAGGUGGACAUUUCAGAUGCCUUGAGCGAAAGGGACAAGGUCAAGUUCACUGUUCACACCAAGAGCACCCUUCCCAGCUUCAAGCAGAAUGAAUUUUCGGUGGUGCGGCAGCACGAAGAGUUCAUCUGGCUGCAUGACUCCUUCGUGGAGAACGACGACUAUGCGGGAUACAUUAUCCCCCCUGCCCCUCCCAGACCAGACUUUGAUGCUUCCAGAGAGAAACUACAGAAGCUUGGGGAGGGCGAAGGCUCCAUGACCAAGGAGGAGUUCACCAAAAUGAAACAGGAACUGGAGGCUGAAUACUUGGCUAUCUUCAAAAAGACUGUGGCGAUGCAUGAAGUUUUCCUGUGUCGCGUGGCAGCGCAUCCUGUCUUAAGAAAGGACCUCAAUUUUCAUGUGUUUCUAGAGUACAACCAAGAUCUGAGCGUGCGAGGAAAAAACAAGAAAGAGAAAUUGGAGGACUUCUUCAAGAACGUGGUGAAGUCUGCAGAUGGUGUGUUGGUGGCAGGAGUGAAGGAUGUAGAUGAUUUCUUUGAACACGAGAAGACAUUCCUUUUAGAGUACCAUAACCGCGUCAAAGAUGCCUCUGCCAAAUCUGAUAAAAUGAUCAGGUCCCACAAAAGUUGUGCAGAUGAUGUCAACAGAAUUGCAUCCACGCUCUACACAUUAGGGACGCAGGACUCCACAGAUUUGUGCAAGUUUUUCUUAAAAGUGUCAGAGCUGUUUGAAAAAACCCGGAAGAUCGAGGCUCGCGUGGCCGCCGACGAGGACCUGAAACUCGCUGAUUUGUUGAAGUAUUACCUGAGGGAGUCACAGGCUGCCAAGGAUCUUCUGUACAGAAGAGGGAGGGCGUUAGUCGAUUAUGAGAACGCAAACAAAGCCCUGGACAAAGCCAGGGCUAAAAAUAAAGAUGUCCUCCAAGCAGAGACCAGCCAGCAGCUCUGCUGUCAAAAGUUUGAGAAAAUCUCUGAAUCCGCAAAGCAAGAACUUAUAGACUUUAAGACGAGACGAGUAGCAGCGUUUCGAAAAAACUUGGUGGAGCUGGCAGAACUGGAGCUGAAGCAUGCUAAGGGUAAUUUACAGCUGCUGCAAAGCUGCCUUGGGGUCCUAAAAGGAGAUACAUAAGGUCCUGGCUGGCAGUCCACUGUAAAGGGCUUCCCUCCAUUUUGGUCUUGUCUUUAUUUGGAAGAUGAAGGCGAGAAUGUUGGUAUAUUCGCCCACAGCCUCUACUAGCAGAGACAGUUUAGGCCCUCCACUACCACCCUGAGCCCUGCCCCCAGAGUAAGGAAGUUCCUGGUGGAAUGUCACCAAAGUCCACACAGCACAAAAAAAGAAAAAAAAAUCCUACAUCUUUAUUCAAUCAUGUUGACAUUUUAAUCAUCAAGCCAUCGUUUUCUGUGAAUUUCACUCUCCGUAACACGUCCGUCUUUUUCGUCUUUCCCUUUUGUUUGGCUUUACCAUAAUCCUUGCCAAUAGUUUUGGUAACCUUUUUUCUGUGAAGCUGCUCCGUUACCUUGUUCAAGUUGAGCUGAUUGUUACUAUAAUUAAAGUGUACGGUCACUAAAAGCCUUGUAUAUGUUGUAUUAGUUUUUACUCUACAAAUAAUGAACAUCUUAAUCAAAUUAAUGGUUUUCAGAUUUUUUUUGUUUUUAAUGACUCUGUGAUCUCAUACAUUCUGAAAUACACACGCUGUUGUCUUUUUCAUUCCAUACAAAAGAAAUGCUUCGAUGUGUUUGCCUUAAAAUGUAAACUAAUCCUAUGAGCAUUGUGGAAGAAAUAACAUUUUUGCUCCCCCUGCAAACUUUUAAAAAGUGCACUGUAUGUCAAUGUUCUGUUUCACGCAAUGUGACCAAAGCAUCCAUUGACGUAAAAUGGAGGAAUGCUGAGACAAACAGUAAUAACUGGGGGGGGGAUAUGAAAGUAACAAUAAAAACUAUACUGUAUCUUGGAAUUGCCAUGAAAAGGUUUUGCUGAAUAUCAUAAAGCAAAGAUUCCGUUUACCAUUGUCUGAUUCACUAUUAUGUUUGCCUGUUCAGACUUUUUUUUGUGCCUGUAAAAUCACUUUCAUGGGCUUUCUGAAACACCACUGAAACAAGCUGCUUUGGUUUUCAUUCUUUGUAUGUCAAUGAUUUAAAAAAAAUGGUAAUGGCUAUACCAGGGAUGAAACCAGUGCACAUACUUAGUCCGCUAUCUGCUGUUAUAAAGCGGCAUGUGCUUUUCAUACUUCUGUGUUCAUAUAACCUGAUUCUUAUGACUUAUCUUGAAAUUUCUAAGACUUAGCAGGAUAAUUUGAAUGAUUCCAGUCAUGAUUUGGUACUUUAGAUCAAUUUUAUUGUUGCCAUAAUUAACCAUCGUGCAUCAACUCUUUCAUGUAUUUCCAUUGAGUGUAUUUCUAAGUGCUGUCCUUGAUGUGCACCAUUGACAUACCUUGUCCACCUUCAUGACUGUUUUAAUAGCAUUAAUUUUUCAGCGUGUUCCUGGUAACCAAUCAGUAUGCAUCAGUGGAAUGUAACGUACUUAAAAAUGGUAAUGUACUGAGUUCAUUUUAAUCCACAGUGUAAAGGUUCUGAGGCCUCCGUCCUACCAGCAUCUCUUCAGCAAGAAGCCGACAUGAUUGUGUGGUUUUGCUCCAUUACACCCAGUAUCCUCCUGGGGUUUGGUAUGCCUGAGCUAAAGAGAUGCUACGCAAGACUUACGCUGCUCUCUGUAUACGUCACAGCCAACGCCUUUGGCCCUAGUUCCAACUGAAACUGCUCAUUUUGUGUUUAAUUCAUAAAAUUCACAUCAACCAUAAAGUUAUAAAAAUGAUCCAGUUAUCUCCUUCAUGCCUUUCAUUGAAUGACUUCACAACAAAAAAAAUCAGCUUUGAUUCCUGGAAUCAAACUGUAGAACAGUGAUUUUCCAUCCGAUCAUGCGGGAUUGUGCUGUAAACUUUGCUGUUCUGCUAUUUUGGCGAUUCAACUAAUCUCAGUGGGGCUUGAUUUGAACAGGUACAAAACUCUGUAAAUGUACAAAGUACAAAAAGCCACACAUGAACUAUCAUUUAUGUAUAGUAGCAUUCAUACAACUGUAUAAAUAAAAAAUUUGUUACCUUGACUGCUUGGGGGGAGUCAGGGAAUGUGGGUUGGUUGUUAAACUCCAUUCACAAUGACAAGUAUUAAUUGAUGUUCUGUUUUUUUUCCUCAAUCCCAGUAAAUCUGUCCUGAUACUCAUCCUAACUCCAAGUCAAGUGCGGUAUUUCCCCAAGCUUGAGUUUUUACUUCUCAAAUACAGUGCUGACCCUCUCCCUGCCACAUCCCUAAUAAACCUAUUCUGUUCGACA